GUAAUAAUGCCAGAGUUAUCUUUGGUACAAGUGUUGCUGGUGGAGAAGAUAACUUUAAAACUAUUAUAAACAAUUGUCUCACUUUUGUUGAUAAAUCAAUGCUCAUCAAAGAGUUUAUUGUGAGUUCAGAUUCUGUAUCGCUUAUUCUUCGUCCUAGACGAUUUGGCAAGUCAACAAAUUUAUACAUGUUAAAUAGCUUCUUUAAAAUACCAUAUUCCCAUGAGGAUGUUAUCCACAAGAAACUUUUCGAAAAAUUGAAAAUUUCAGCUGAAAAAGAAAUUAUGUUAAAACAUUUUGCAAAAUACCCUGUCAUUCAUUUCUCUCUUAAGGUUUGUGAACACCGUUAUCUUAUCAAAGAUUUGUAUCAAAGAAUUCUUGAAGGAGAUCUAACUUAUUCUGAAUCAGUAUUAGUAUUUGCCUUGAAAGAAUUAUCCAUAUAUUUGCGAAAUUACUAUAAAGAAAGAUGUAUUGUAUUGAUUGAUGAAUAUGAUUCUCCAAUGGAAUGUGCUUAUAAUAAUGGAUAUUACAAAAAUGCGAAUGAGUUUUUUAAAAAACAUAGCAAUGACGAAAAUGUUGCGAAAGCAAUGUUAGUUGGUGUAUUACGGAUUGCAAUGUCAGGUUUAUCGUCUGAGCUAGAAAAUAUUACGAUUUACCCUUUACAUCAAGAAAUUCAAGAAGAUUCAUCUCCUCUUUAUAUAGAUAAGUUUGGAUUUACAGAAAAUCCAGAAAACGUUUAUGCUUUUUGUUUAGGAAUGCUUGUUUAUGCUUGUGAACGAGGUUAUAUUGUUCGUUCUAAUUGGGAGGCUGGUAUGGAGAGAUAUAAUAUAAAAAUAGAACCAAAACCAGGUGUUAAUGAGAUAGCUAUUAUAAUUGAAUUUAAAUUUGUUCAUGGUAAUAAAAGUUUAUAUGAUAUGGCUCGCGAAGGAUUGGAUCAGAUUGAAAAGAAGCAAUAUCGAGUAGAUCUACGAGAAGAUAUCAAAAAUCUUUUGGAAAAAGGAAUUGCGUUUGAAGGGAAAAGUAAUUGUAUGUUAGGGCAUUUACUUCAUAGAACAAAUGAAGGUACAUGGAACAAGGUUCAAUCAGACUAA